AUGCAGCCAGGAUGGUCAUGGCUCUUGCGCGCGGGUGCCUCAAAAGUGACGCUGCAGCAGCUAAAUGACGGGCCUUUACUGUCUCAGACAGCAGCAGCAAAAACAGCAGCAGCAGCAGCAGCCACAACAGCAGCUGCAGCAGCCAAAACAGCAACACGCCAGCAGCAGCCAAACUACCAUCUGCAGCAAUCCAAGCAGCAGCAGCAGCAGCAGCAGAAGCAGCAGCAGCAGCAGCAGCAAGAGAGUGGGGGCUGGGACUCUGGGGCGGACCUUGUUGGCGCUUUACCUGCUGAGGCUGCAGCCGCGAGCGCCGAGGGAAGUGCAGCAGCAGGAAGAGAAGCAGCAGCAGCAGAAGACAGCGACAGUGCUGCUGCAGAGUCUACUGCAGCAGGGAGGGCCUCCUUCACAGACACAAUAUCUCCCACGUCAAAUGGGUGCAGAAAUCCCAUAUAA